UUUAAAACGAAAUUAACUAAACUUUAAACAAAAUGUCCACAAGUGUGAAUAUAAAACUAGCCCUAGAUCGUGUUAAUAUGGAUUUGUUGGCCCAAAACCAAACAAAUGCCCCCCGUUUGUAUACACCAGGCGAGGUGGUUACAACCCAACAGGGUUUCAUGAAGGGCCAUGGCACCUAUGUGGAGGGUGAUGAUAUUAAAGCCUCGGUGGCCGGUGUGAUAGAGCAAGUGAAUAAAUUGGUGUCCAUAAAACCGUUGAAAAGUCGUUAUGUCGGAGAAAUUGGUGAUGUGGUGGUGGCGCGCAUCACAGAGGUGCAACAGAAAAGAUGGAAAGUAAACACCAACUCCCGUUUAGAUUCUGUACUACUGCUGUCUUCCGUAAAUUUGCCGGGUGGUGAGCUGAGAAGACGUGUGGCUGAGGAUGAACAAGCUAUGCGUAAAUACUUGCAAGAAGGUGAUUUGAUAUCCGCUGAAGUACAAAAUAUUUACGAUGAGGGCACUUUAUCCCUGUACACCAGAUCUUUAAAGUAUGGCAAACUCUCGCAAGGUGUUCUGGUCAAGGUAUUUCCCUCUUUGGUUAAAAGACGUAAGACACAUUUUCACAAUUUACCCUGUGGUGCCAGUAUUAUUUUGGGUAAUAAUGGUUUUAUAUGGAUUUCUCCUUUGGUGAAUUUGGAACAAGACGGCGGUGAUGGUGGCUUCUCACAAAAUCUUUCUGAGGUUAUACCUCGUGCCGAUCGUGAAGUUAUUACACGUUUAAGAAAUUGCAUUUUGGCCUUGUCCCAUUGUAAAAUGAUGUUGUACGACACUAGUAUUUUGUAUGCCUAUGAAGAGUCUAUGAAAUAUGAAGUGCAUGAAUUGCUGCAGCAAGAGGCCAUAUUUGAUGUGGCCUUUUUGACGCAACAUCGUUUGAGAUUGCAAGAGGAAUGAUUGCAAUUUGACAAUAAUAAAUUAGUAAAUAAGAGUAAGUUUGUUUUUU